AUGGAGAUGGGGCGAUCGGGAAAUGGUGGCGGCAGGGUGGUCACCUUCGACGACGCCAUCAGCGGGAGGCGCCGGAACGGCAGCUCGCUGUCGUCGUACCUUGACAUGGGCCGGGACGCCGACGGCGGUCGCACGGCGCCGCGGCCGUUGCCGGCGCAUACCAUGGCGAGACGGCGGCGCAAGUACGCCGACGGCGAGCUCGACGUGUUCGCCGCCGAGCUGUACUUCAGAGGCGCAAUGGACGGCGAUGGGGACCGCAAGGAAGGUUUCAGUGUCACCACCCCCGCGGUAGCGGUGCAGGUGCAGGCGCAGCCCUUGGUGGAGACGGCCGCUGCGAGGCCGGCGGCGGAGGCCGUGGUAAUGGGUAAGCCGUCUUCGACGCGCGCGUCGACGGUGAGCUUCACCGCGAGCUCGGCGUCCAGCGCCAAAAGCCAGACGGCGCUCUUCGGGGGCGGGCUCCGACGGCGCAGCGGCAGCUCCCGGGAUAACAAGUGCUGCGUCCAGGUCGGCGUGCUCAUGCGCACGUGCUCCGGGAAGCGGUCGGUGCGCGUGGACGGCUGCGCGGCCAAGGCAGCCCCCGACGCCGCCGAACCGGAGGCGUCGACCGGGAUCGACUGGUACAGAGAGCUAAGGAUGCACAAGGCCGCCCUAGGACUCGGACUCUCUGGGGAUGGCAAUAGCCAUGGCCUGGUGGCCGCCGCCGGUCUCCCUCCAAGUCUGAAUCUUGGGACGGCGAAAGUGGCAGCCAUCGGGAGGGAGAUGACAGGAGAGGAGAAGGAGGCUGCUGAGCUCACCUUCUCAAGGAGGAGAAGCAACUCUACCCUGGUGGCUCCGGUCAGAGCCAACAACGUGCCGGCGAGCGGCCGCGUCGUCGGCGAGCCCGGCGGAGCAGGUAAAGUUGGCCGUGGCGGUGGUGCGCACCACCUCCACCACGACAACGACGACGACGCCGGGAGCGAGUCGAGCUCCGACCUGUUCGAGAUCAAGAGCCUGAUGAUCGGCGACUGCCCCUACGAGCCGAGCGAGGCGAGCAUCCAGUGGAGCGUGGUGACUGCGAGCGCCGCGGACGCGUCGGAGCGCGGCGACCGCGUCCCCGCUAGAUGGGUCGGCGGCGGCGCGAGGGGUCCUGUCGCCGGAAGGCAGCUGCGGGGCCACCGCCCGGGCGGGAUCCUGGCGGGGUGCGCCAGCCACAGGGCCGUGGACGUGUCGGCGGCGACGACGAAGGCCGUGCCAAAUGCCGUGGCGGCGAUGCAGCAGGGCCGCAGUGAAGGAUUUCACAAGGCACGGAAUGGCGCCUGA